UACAAUGUCUUUUUUUACAAUGACUGUUUACUCGCAUUUAUUCUCUUGUCUCCCGCCCUCUCUCUCUCUCUAUUUUUUUUUCCUCCGGCAACAAAUGGCUGUAAUUUAUUCCACCGUAGCUCAUUAAUCUCGGAACAUUGAGAGAGCAUCUAAUCGCGAUUAUCAUCAUCAUGUCAAGCGAGAGAGACGCUCCGGGAGCGUGCGCUUCGCCAGUCCCUCCACGCGAUUGCGUCGAUUAGUUUUCCUUUCUACCCUGGACAGGCUACGACAUCUAUCUCUCCCUUUCUCUUCCAUAGAAGGGAAGAAAACCCGUCAUCGUGACGGACAGGAAAGCAGUCAACGUGAUGGGCGGAUCGACAAAUGUCAAGCUCGCGACGUUUCACGUUUCACCGACGUUAAUUGCUCACGAAUUGCGUUAAACGUUCGCGUUAACGUCCCCUCGAUCGCCGGCAGAUUAAUAUCACGGCACCACGCAUGGGGCCAUCCUCGAUUUGCCUUGGCAACCGCGCCCAUUAGCGCGGCUAAGUGGAAGAAGCCGUUUGCGGCCGGACAGUAGAAUAAUCCACCACUUGGACGACGGACGCGGAUCCGCCACUCGGGCCGAGUUCUUUACGGCAGUUUCACGGCAGUUUUCCCCGAGCCGAGCAAUUACCGAGCAAUUUCGAGCCACCCGGCGAGUGGAGAGUCGCCGCUUAAGCCUCUUUGAUCGAACCUAGAAACGUCAGAGUGCUGUAAUUUAGGGUCGGGCACUGUCGGCCGCGCGACACUUUUGACAGAACGAGUGUUAUCAGCAUGGGAACCGACUCUCUGGCACUUUCAGAGUUCAGUUCGCCUGCGCGAAUGUGCGUAUCUUGCGUACCCCGGCAGGUCGCUGAGUGCGUCUUUAAUCCGUAGAAUCCGAUCGUGCGAAUCUACCCUUCGCUGUUCAUAUCACGCUCGUUUUUUUGUCUGCUCAGCACGCGUCUCGGUUCUUGUAAAUGUGAUGUAAAUUAUUGUUGCGCGGAGAGUAUCUUCAAAUUCGCAUGCCACCGAGAGAGCAUUGUUCUUUAAAGCUGAAGUUUACACGACUCCCAGAUUAUUACUCUUGAUUAAGUCUUGAUGCUUCUUUUAAAUCCUAAUACGUUUUUUAUACUCCAAUUUCCCUCUGGACUGCGUCGCGCGAGAUAAAAGUGCAACGGAGGUCUCUCACGUCGACGUAAAAUCCUCAACGUGCCGACAUGAUUCCGACGAUUUGCACCACUACGAGCUCCUCCACGCGUCUCGAGAAUCUCAUUAAGAGUGUCCUCAAUAAGGACACGUCGGCUAUGAUCGUGCUAACAAGAAGAAGAAGCAUUUAAAUAGGAAUACCGACACGGAGACACGCGUCGCGAGUUCCGCGAGUUCCGUGAUACUCCCUCGUUUAAAGGGAGGAUCAAAGUGUACCCCGCGUUCGCCCCGUUCCCCAUGAGACCAUGGUGUCCCUGAACGACGUGCGACCAGUGCUGUACGUCGCGAGGCUCUUCGGAUGCGGAUUGUACGUCGUCCGCGAGGACGACAUCGUCCUGAUGAGAUACGCCCGCGUUUACUUGGUCGUCUUCGCGCUGCUGUACACGAGCUUCUGCGUGACGAAUUUCUGCAUGCUUCACUGGAUGGACGAAGUGCUGGGCGCGAAGCUGCUCACCCUCACCGUCGUGAGGACCGCACUCUCGUACAUGUGCGUGGUGGGUGACAUCAUGAUGACUGUCUCACGCAACUGCAAGAUACGCGCCGCACUCUCGCACUUGCGUAUCUUCGAUCGCGCGACCAGAUACAAGGAACGCAAAAGCACUCGCACGGUGCGCUUCAUCUACUGGGUCGUGCCGUUCGUCAACCUGUUGUUCUGGUCGAUGGUCGGAUACAUCACGUUUUGCGUCGAGCCCAAAGAUUCCGUGUUCAACGGCGUGACCUACGCCAUCGUUAAUGCGUGCCUGUCGAUGCAGCUGAUAACGUUCGCCAGCCUGUCGUUCCUCCUGUACGACCGAUUCCAACAUCUUUGCGUGCUGAUGCUGAUGCCGGAAGAUGGCAAGAUCAUGGUGGUGGAUCGAUCGAGCAGGCAGUUGCAUUUGCAGGAAGUGUGGUGGCUGCACUCAUGCCUCGCCGAUGCGACCGAGAUGCUUAACUCGGCGUACGCGGUGCAGCUCCUGCUGUGGAUCGCCUGCAUGUCCUUCAAUCUUCUAUCGCGCAUCUACACUAUCGGUGCGGUCUCGCUAUCGCUGCUGAUAGCGCGCGAAUUCCUCCUGGUGUCCUCCUGCGUAGCGAACCUGCUGAUCAUCACCGUUUUCUGUCACAUGACCGCGUGCGAGGCCAAUCGCGUCAGCAAAGUCGCCUUCUCGCCAUCGUCGACCAUCAUUGCAAAGCGGACUUUCAUACAGGACUGCUACGCGGAAGCCGUGGCGUAUUUUCAGAUACGGCAGGUGCACUUCUUUGCCUACUCCGGGAUUAUACGCAUCGAUCUUCCCCUGCUCCUCUCGGUAAACGUCGCGGUCAAUAACAGCACCCUGUCUCCGUCGAUCCCCUACAAUGAUAGCGCGAUGGACGUGGACAUCGUGAGCGACUUACUGUGGGACUUCUAUAACAAGUUUCAUGGCGAGACCAAUUACUUGCUGAUCAUCCUCUACGUGCCGGUGAUGGCGCUCGCCGUGACGGCCAACAUGCUGGUGAUCACGGUGGUCUUCAAGUAUCAGUACAUGAGGAGCGUCACCAACUACUUUGUGGUGAAUCUGUCUGUCGCGGAUCUGCUGGUAACCACAAUCUGCAUGCCGGUGGCAGUCAGCCAGGCGGUGUCGAUUGUAUGGAGGCACGGUGAAGUCAUGUGCAAGCUCUCCUCUUAUUUGCAGGGUGUUGCCGUGGCCGCCUCGGUGUUCACCAUCACAGCAAUGAGCAUCGACAGGUAUCUGGCGAUAAGGAAUCCCAUGGCGUUCCGCCGAGUAUUCAAUCGCAGAAGCACCGUGCUCGUUAUCAUCGCGCUCUGGCUGUUCGCCCUGGCUAUCUUCGUGCCCGUCCUCAGAGGGAUGACUCUGCGCAGUUCAGGCAUGGAGCUCGACAACAUAAUUUUCCACGGCUCCUGGGCAACCCGUGGCAACUUCUCGCGCGACAAUCUGCGCGCCCCGCGGAUGCCGCCAGCCUUCUACGUCUGCAUUGAAGACUUUGGGCCGCUGGGGAUCAAACCGCACGUCUUCGGGGCCGUGUGCUUCGUCCUGGUUUACGCCGUGCCGGGUCUCAUCGUGAUACUCGCCUACUCCAUGAUGAGUCGCACCCUCUGCUCCAGGAAGCCGCCCUUCGACUGCGACAGCGUCGAGGGAAGCGCCAGCUCGCAGCAGAGCUUCCGGUUGGUACGCGAGAGGAAGCGGAUCGCCUGGAUUCUGUUGCUGCUCGCUUUGCUGUUCGCCCUGUGCUGGCUGCCAUACAAUAUGCUGAGGCUGCUAGUCGAUCUCGGCGCCGUCGAAGGGAGAUCGAUAGCGGACGCGCUCUCGUACUGCCUGUUCCUGGGACACGCAAACAGCGCCCUGAACCCCGUGAUCUACUGCUUCAUGACGCGCAACUUCCGUCGCAGCGUCUCGGGGAUCCUCUGUUGCAGCUCGCACGGCCUGGCGCGUCGCAAACCCCGCCGCAAAAGCGCGAUAAUCGAUGAUGCUUGCGGUGGUGGAUGCGACCUGCCGGGGAUCGGCGGGGGCGCGCGCCGCGGCCUGUUGCGCCAGCGACGAAUGCUGGCCGGAUGCGGGAUCCCGAUGGGGGGUGGUCAGCACGCGGUGCUGGCGCUGCGUCGCACCGCGACGUCCAGCAGCGGCUACGACAGCUUCUACAGCCGGCACAGUCCGCAUCGGCGUUGCUACAUGUUGAGGAGCAUCCGGAACGCACCGCGGCCGCCAAACGACGCCCCGGCCAGCGACGAGAACCGCGAGGGUAGGAACCAGCAACAGCAGGAGUCCAAUAACGACGGACUGGAGUCCAGCCAGCCGCGGCCCAGCACUCUGUGCACCACGGACGGCCGACGUUGAGUUGCCACCAUGACCUCGACGGAAUUCAGAGCUAGGUUCCGGCGCGCGAGGAGAAGUCUUUGGGGACACUCUUGGAGCGCGAUUUUCAUUGAAUCAUCAAUUGCUCUGUCUUUUGGUAUUGUUGCGAGUACGUAGCAGGAGACGGUGGGUCCGCAAGGAUGUUUCUUUGCGGAGAUAUUGCUGCCUCACGCCGCGAGACUCGUCGGUUUGCGCCGUUCGUGUCAUGAAGCGAGCAUGAGUUGUGCAAUUAAAUGUAAACGAUAAUGACAAAUCAAUGAUAGGGGUCCUAAUUUUAAUUAACGAUGUUGUUGGCACGCGGCGAAUUCUCUUUUACUUGUCCCAUUUGUUGUGCGUAUAAUUUAUUUUCUGGAACUGUUAACUCAAUUUUAUAAAAAUUUUGAUUUCUCCAUUUCAUUUCGUUUUUCAUCAUUUUAAAGUUAAUGUAACAUUAUCACGGAAAUACACAUAAUCCAACAUGCCAAAAAAUGUGCCUUUUUGCGAUAUAUCUUGCGGCACGCCACGUGACACGUGGCACGCUGCUUCCAGCAUUUGCUAGUUUGGCAGGCGGAACAUUUUUCGCAUUUGCCAUCACUAGUGUAAACGAACGGCUAAGGUUCUUAAAUAAACUAAACGAAUGAUUCCGAUCAUAGCGAGUGUUAACUCACCGGACAACAUUGAUACACGUAAUCGCACGAUUUUCGUUCGCAAAGUCUGCCUCGAUUAUAAAACCGAUCAUUUCGGAGGAUCUGAAUUUUCUUUGAAGAGCCAAGGGUCGUUAAUAAGAUUCAUUGUGUUUAUUCUGUUUCUUUUUUAUUCAAGUUUAGUGAAUGACGCUUUACAAAAACUGGAUAUCGAUGAUAUAUAAUAUGGAUGAAUAAUAAAUGAUUGUAAAUAGGAAGUAAGGUACAAAAUUUGACGACUUAUAUGUUAAAUAAAAUAAGGAUGUAAUGUAUCGAAUGAUGAAAGGAAAAAGAUAAUCUACUGAGGAAAAUGCAUUAUUGUUAAGAAGAACCGGAUAUGCGUGUCAAUAAUUUGUGGACUGGGGAACUAUUCUUGAUACGGAUGUACGUUAGAUUGCGUACAAAAAAUGGCCAGCUAGUUUCAGUGUAUGUAAUGUUUCGAUUGUAUCUACACCGAGUUCACGACAAAGUUACGGGUGCGCGUUACGGAUGAAUCAUCGAGCUUUGGUAAACUGAAGAACUUAAUUUUCUUAUGCAAUUGCGGCUGCCGUAUCAGCGCCAUUUCAGAAGAAAACAUUAUUGUCGUCGCGAUACCACGGUCAGAUUUAUAUUACACGAUCGAGGAACUUUGGGGACUCCGAGUUGCAUUCUGUGACGUCAAAUUUACCCCCUUUUACGUAACCGUGAAAAGAAGAAAUGACAAAGAGAUAAUAAACAAAGUUUCUCGCCGUCACCAAGUCCGAAGUUCCUCGAUUUAGGACCCACCAGACCCAGUUUCGUGGGACAGGGCACUUAAAUCGACGUGCUCUCGAGCGUGCGAUUCAAUUCGCGAGAGUGGCUGCGCUUUUACAGCCGAUCGUUCAUCUGCCAAGGAAAUUUCGGCCGUAUGCCGAGUCUUGUUAUGGCUCGCCGCAAACAAUGGACCGCGAGGGCGAGCGGGCGAACGUCACAUCGCAGCGUGUGCACCGGACGGGAAACCCAUCGUCGGAAUCGUUCAAUUUCCGCAAGUGGCUGCGAUGCGUCCGCGGGGGAACUCUCUCAGCCGCUAUAAGAUUCGACGGGACCAACCGAAGCGGAGGCUGAUCAGUUCCUCGAUUAACGGACUUGUUUGCCAACGCCGCGAAGUAGAGAUCAGUGAAAUUCCGUUUGGCGGCGGGCACCGUGUUCUGGCCCCGAGCCAGAACUGAAACCGAACUUCCUCGUCAGUCAACGCGGACUUUACGUUGCGGGCUUGUUAACUACGCUGCCGCGGUGGCGGAAAUUAUUACGUGGCGGUUUCACUCAGAGACGUGCUCUUCCUCGAUGACUCGUCUCGCUUGAACCGUCAUAGACGUUCUUAUGAAGCCUACCUGUACCGAUGCUCAUGUUACACUUGUUAUUGAUUAAUGGAUGAUACGUGUAAUAUUUUAACGACGUCUUUGAUAAAAUCAUUGGAGCUCACUGUAACAUACGCGCAUAUAUCUCAUCGUCGGCAAAAUAACGGACUGCAGUGAAUCGUAAAUGUUUCUCGAGAGGAACUCAGAGGCGAAAGUGAAAAGCGGAGUUCCGCCUCGGGCGAGACGCGAAUCUUCUUUCUUAGCCGAAUUUCUUCCGGAACCGUUGCAGAUUUCUUAACAGAAGAACAUACUAUUCGAUAUUUAUAUAUUUAAGGCGAGUGCGUUUUUUCAUCCGAACAAUUCACGAGAGUACGCGAAUUAUUUACCUCUUACUUCGGUGACAGCUGUUGCAAAGAAUUCGAAAAGAAUUCGCGGAGGGGCGAAAGAAUCGUUGAUAAAUGGCGAAGUGGGGCUGUUAUAAUUAAUCGCGGCGCUCCGGGGAGAACUCGCGAGGGUGAGGAGAGAAAAUGUAGAAGUACGGGAAGAACAUAAUAAGACGAGCCGAAGAUCGCGGCGAUUGUCUGGCGGUCGUUAUCGUUAAUGGUGAGUCUGGCCACUCCGGCGAGUCUCCCACGUGAAUCAAUCUUCGACGGGGUUAUUAAAGAAACCCAUCCCUUCCUCCGGCGGAACGCGCGUCACACACGCGCCCUGUAAAUAUCUGAUGCUCGUUGAUGCGAGAGAAGCUCUCGUUUUUCGCGAUUGAUCAUGCGAAUGGAAGGCAGGAGGAUUUUUGAUCAAGGAUCGGAAUUAUCGACGAGUCGCCGGGUUCGUGCGCGAGCCUUUUGCCAAGACGCAGGAUCGAUAUCGCGACGGGGCAGGGUGCCAAAAGAGCGAAAAACCCAAGUUCGCGCGAUUCACACAGACGCUACUAAUUAUACUACGUGUAUUUUCAAUAAACACAAAUAAUACGUGUAUUUUCAAUAAAAAAAAAGAUCAAACCCAAA